UUUUUUUGCUCGCCAGUUUUGAACGAGUCCUCUAACGCCAACCAUGAGCUGAAACUCAUGUAGGGUACCAAUACAUACGUCGUCUAAACGAGCCUUUAAAAAUCCAUUUGUUUGUAAAUAUGAUGGAUGGAAUCUAGUAUUGUCAAAUAACCCACGACAGAAACAUAUUUUGGACAAUCAAUUAUGUUAAUUUAGUUUUUUUUUUAUUUUCCGGAAAUUUUUGAAUAGAUUUUCAAACUAGCCAAAUAUGCGGACUCCUUUAGAAAAUGGGUAGUUUAUGGCAGGAUUAUAUUCCCACAGAAGUAGUAUCCGAGAUUUUUAAACAUUUAUCUCGGCCGGACAGGCUCUCUUGUGCCAUAGUCUGUCAGAAAUGGAAGGAAGCCCUAGAUCGACGCUUCUUGUGGACACACGUCGUACUUCAUGUGGAUAAGGACUUUUUGGAACCAAGUAGUACACUACUAGUUGGAGAAUAUAAUAGGCACAUAAGAUCUUUUGCGAUCGGAUGGGACAGGCCUCUAGUUCAAAACCGAUGGCUGCCUCUGAAGGUCCACGACUUAACCAAAAGAGUCGUUCAUUUUCUUUUCAUUUUGUGCGAUAACUGCGUACAACUGAAUCGUUUCAAAAUUUUCGAAUGGUAUGACAUUUACGCAUUCAAGAAAAUAAUUUAUCAUCUUAGUCGCUUUUUAAAAAUGCAGUUAAAACUGCAAAGUCUGGUACUCCGCAAUGUUAACUUGCCAAAAAAGGAAUGCCUGAAGAUUUUAAACGCUUGUCUGGGAUCUAAAAACACUGUCACCUAUUUGGAAAUUCACAACAACUAUUACAAUUUCAACACCGCAUUCGACACAGUAGAAUUCGUAGGAUUUCUUAAAGAAUUCAUUUACCUUCAAGAAAUAAAGAUUGAUUAUUUUAUAUUGUCUCGCCCUAAAGUCAUAGAUAUUAUAUCGGAUAACGGAAAAGAUCAUUUGAAGUCUUUGGAAAUAUUUUUCGAUGAAACUGAUCUCCACAGUGUCGUUAUACCAGCCAGAAAGUGGAACAGACUGAAGAAAUGUUGUCCAGAUAUAAAAGUUUCUAUUAAAAUAAGAAACAUUUGUCACCACGAACAAAUUGAAUUCAUAUUUCUAAUGGAUAACAUACCGCUGAAUUCAUUUACUAUAAUAUCUAGUAACAAAUAUAAUCAAAAAAUAAGUAGAAAUUUUGAGAGUACCUUAAGGAGGCUGAUUAAUAAUUACCACAAGACUUUAGAAACGGUAAAAUUGGACAUCCGAAACAAUCAGGAAAAUCUGGAUGAGGUAAUUUUUGCCAUAAUAUUACAAUGCCCCAGGUUAAAGUCUCUUUUCUUCGAUGGAAUGGUCAAGGACAAUAUGAAUCUUUUCUAUGCGAUAAGUCAAUAUAAAAAAAGUGCUAAAGGAGUCCGUAUGAAGGUAUUGCCCAACAAGUACAAAUCGAUAACCAACAUUGUCCACAUGUUUUCAUAAUAGCUAAAAUAAAUGUAGCUACCUAAAUUAACAAUCUUGUUGUAUACUGAACCCCCAUGUAUUAGUCCAAAUAAAAGUGCAACACUA